AUGCGCGGCCUCGGCCUGCGCUCGCUCGAGGAGGUGGCGCCGGCUGCGUUCUGCGCCUGCUUUGUCGAGGCGGCCGAGAGGUUCCUCGACAGGUCGACGCCCGGCGGCGGCAGCGAGCGCGGCUUCUUCCAGAUGCUCGCUCCGCUCUUCGGCCACGGCGCCUUCGAGUUGCCGUACCCGAACAGCCCUCGCCUCUUGCGCUUCCUCUCGGGCUGCACCACCUACGUCAACCCGCUCGGCGCGCAGCUGGGGCAGCUGACGCCGACGGGCGAGUCCUUCAAGAGGGCGUGGGAGGGCAUGCAGCGCGAGGUCCGCAGCGAGGGCGUCGCGGGGCCUCUCGAUCUCCGGGCUCCCGAGGCUGGCAACGGGCGGGCCGGCAGCGCUGGGCUACAGCGGCAGCUGACGCAGCAGCGGGAGCAGGUCAAGCGCAACCAGCUCAGCCGCAGCAUCCUCGGGCUGCCGCACGGCGACACGCGGCGGGAGGCGUGGCUGGCCGUCGACUCGUUCUCGUCCGCGUGGGUGAGCUCAUGGCCCUCGGCUCAGAACCGGUGCGAGGCGCGCGAGUUCCGCGAGAUCUUCUGCACCUACCUCGGCCGGGAGAGCCCAGCCGUGCGCGCGCUCGUGGGCAAGAGCAUCGCCUGCUCCGGCCGCGGCCCUCCUCGAGUCUGCGAUGCCUUUGGCGUCCAGCUGGGCUUGGCGACGCUCAACGACCGCGCCCACGGCAACUGCCACGACGACAUCUUCUCACGCGUGAUCGGUGAUGCGCUGCACGCGGGGCUGCGCGGCAAGGAGGAGCCGCGCGAGAUCUUCAGCGCCGUCAUCCCGCCUGUCACACUCAACGGCACCGCUGGCACGCGCGGCAAGAACGGCAUCGCGCACCCGUCUGUACGGUGGCGCGGCACGACAGUGCAGCGCGGGCCCGAGCAGCCGCCGGCGGAGCACCUCCUCGAGGGCAAGACCAUCCACCGCGGCGGGCCUCACUACAUGAGCGCUCGGGCGCGCGACGAUGGCCAGGGCGGCGCGGAGGCGUCGGACGACCUGCACCAGGAGGCGCGGUCCUACUUCGCUACGACGCUGCGGCGGGCGUGGGGCGUGCACUUUGCGCGCGAGUUCGCGCGGCACCGCAUCCGACGCGUGGUGUUCGCGGGGGCCCCGCGGCGACAGCCGGGCAGGCCUCUCGCGACGGCCGAUGGAGACUGGCCAGCGCUGUCGGCGGGCGAGUUUGCGGCGCACGCGCUGCGCGAGGAGGCUGUGAACAGCGCCCCAAGCGCGGCGUUCGGCCGCCUUCUGCGGAACCUGCUUUGGACUUGGUCGUGUGUCGCGAUGGCGUCCAUAUCUGACACCGAGCCGGCGGGCCUGUCGUCGAUAUCCGGCCUCAGACCCGCAGGCGGCGGCCGGAGCCAGCAGUCAGACGCAGACGUGAGUGAUGGCUCGUCUGCGGGAUCCGCAGCGGCCGCGGAUCCGUCCCUCGUCCACCAGCGCCGCCGCUCCUUCUUUGGCAGGCAGCGAAGGAAGCAGAAGAAGGAGAAGAAGGAGCGGCUUCAGCGAUGGCUGGAGGCGGACAACGCGGACGCCGAAGCCUUCGUCGCCCCGCUCAAGAAGCUCAAGGGCGGCCUCAAAUGGUUUGUCAUCUACAUCACCCUCUUUGCCCUCCUCUGCAUGCUCCUCUCCCUGGCGUGGCACGCGGUCAACGCGCACCUGCUCUGGAAGCUGACGGGCCUCGACCACUCGUGGGUGUCCUCCAUGUCCGAGGAGGCGCUGCUCGGCGCGGUGCACAAGGCGCUCGGCGUCGACACCGCCGCCGACGGCAGAGAGGGUCUGAUCGGCCGCCUUGACAAGCUCGACACGCAGAUCGAGCAGGCGCCGGGCGGACGCACCUUAUCGCUACAAGCUGUGCUCGUGGCGUACCACGCGGCGCAGAAGGGCGCCACGGGGCUGGUCCAGGUGGGGAGGAAGCUCUCCGAGAACCUGGCCGCCUCGUCCGGCUCCUUUGGCAAGGAUAAGAAGGCGCCGAGCUUCCAAGUCUCAAAGGUGGUGUACGAGCUCCUCGCGACGCUGCGCGCCGCAGACGAGCGUGACGCCGCCAAGCAGGCGAGCGGCCAGGCCGGCGGCAAGCCGGGCGCUGCUUCUGGCAAGCGCAAGGCUGGCGGCAAGGCUGGAGGGCCGAUCCAGCGGGCGUCGAGCAGGCUGUCCCACGGGGGAGAGGCGGGCUCGGCAGAGGCAGGCCGGAGGAGCGCGAGGAGCGGCGGGCCCUCCCACUCGCGGUCCUCCUCGCUCGGCUCCUCCCUCGCGGGCAGUGCGCCGAGCAGCCUCGCUGCCAGCGCGAACGGCUCGCCAAGCGCCUCUCGUGUCCCCUCCUCCGCGAGCCUCUCCUCGUGGGCGCAGCAGCAGACCCGCGAGCCGCCGCCCGAGCGAGAGCAGCUCUUCGUGCGCGAGCUGACGAGGCGGCCCCUCACACCCUCCGGCGGCCCCACUGUCCCCAACACAGCCCUUCGCACCCCGCCGCUCUGCCCACGCCACUCUGCUGUCCACCUCCCCCACUCUUGCCCCCCACUGUGCACUGACUCUCCGCCUCACACUCUCGCUCCUUCCGUGCUACGACCUGACCGUACCCCGCCGCCCCCUCCCCCCGCCGCCGCACCCCCACCCACCCACCCACCCACCCACCCACCCCAGGCUCGUCAAGGAGCUCAAGAAGUGGUCCGAGGAGGAGGCGGCCGCGGCGCCCGACUUCGACGAGCAGUGGGUCGAGGCGCGCGACCUGGAGA